UUUUUAAUAUAUAUAUAGUGUUUUAAUAUAUUAUUAUAUAAUAAGUGGGCGAAAAGCAGAUUAACAAAUUCUCCAUAAAAACCACAUAAAACUACUACUUUACUAAGCUUAUGUUGAAGCUACAAGUGUUAUAAUAAAUUGCCGCGUACUGUAUGCAUUUGUUUAGGGGAAAUUUUCCAAUUGGAAUGUAUUUAAACCUACAUAUGGCAACGCGACAAAGUCAGCUGCUGUCAUUUCACAUUCCACUUUGAAAUAGUAUUCGUAGCUCCACCGUUUGCUUCGUACUUUUCAACUGUUUGGUGUUUUGCAUUUUCAGUAUUUCUUUUCGGUGCGUUCGCGAAGGUUGAUUAUAUUGUUGUCUUUAAAUAUUUGUACUCAAUUGUUUUAUAUGGUUGUGCUAGCUGUUGUUAUUAUCCAUCCCGUCUCCUCCAUGCGCUGCUGCUGCUGCUGCCGUUGAUUUUCCAACGAAACGUAAAUACAAAAACUACUACAACUACAACAAAGCGCAUUUAUUGCGGUAGCAGACACAAAAAGGAAGCUUAUCGAUUAGUUUUCCAUCCACAACCAACGAGCAAGUGAGUUGAGUGGAAAAUCUUUUUUAUUUGACGGUAAAUAAAAAAAAAUUAGAAUGUAAAAGAAAACAAGUGCAAAAUGUUAUUGUUGUCUGUGCGCGCGGACGUAAUUGACAGCAAUUGAUGAAUGUUUUGCAGACGGAGCUUAGGUGGUGAUCCGUGUCUCGUUCGGGACAACAACGCAAAACGCCCAAAAGUAAUAUAUAUUUAACGGUACUAAAAUGCAUGUGAAUUGAGUUGGAAAAUAAAUAUAAUAUUUAUGUAAAAUAUAAAUAAAAUAAUGCAUAAAAGAGAUAUAUAAAAAGACGUAACACAAAGGGCGGAAAAUUUGCAAAUAAAAAAGUCACCAAAAGCAAAAAUUUGUAAAGUGCAAACAAUAAAGAGGCAAUACGUUAAACGGCGUACAGGGCAAAAAACAACGAAUGUUAAGCAAGUACAUAAAGUGAAAAAGUCCAAUAAGAAAUAAGCAGAAUAAAGAAAAAUACACCAAAAUAAGCAUUUGUGAAGAUUAAUAAAAUAUUAAUAAUAAAACCGUUAAGUGAUAUUGUGUGUAAUUGUUUAAUAUGUGUAAUUUAUAGAAAAAAAUUUUGCAAUUGAAAAAUCGAGUGCCAAUUCAAGCAGCGAUUUUGCAUCACAUCUGCUCUAAGCAGAUAAAACCAAACACGGACCAAGCCGUGAGGUGACGUUGCCGCCGCCUGUCUCUACUGCAGCAAAGCUAAAAUGUGGAUAUCAUCCAACAACAAAUACGGCGUUGCCAUACACAAUUGGCAUGGUGAUGUUCGUUUCGGUCUGGCGCUCGACGUGGGCGAUUCUGUUGAAAUUCUGGAAGAAUGCAAAAACUGGUAUCGUGGCACAUGUGCGCGCAAGUCCCGCGCUGUGGGAAUCUUCCCUAAAACCUAUAUACAUAUUAAGGAGCUGUCGAAAAUUGAUCCCGUAGUCGCCGAAUGUACACAAGUCCUGCGUGAAUGGUCGGAAAUAUGGAAGAAACUCUAUGUGGAUCGAGAAACGUACAAAUUUCUCACAUUACGAAAAGUAAUGUUGUCCAUCUUAGAGUGUCGACGCGAGCUGUUAGGUGCCACAUUGACGCAAGACCAAACAUUGGAAUUGCAAACAUUGGUUGUUUCGCGCAUUGAUUGGGGAAAUCGAAAACUCGGCUUGGAUCAAGUACCACGUAUCGGCCCACUAGCUGUUGAUCCGCACAACAUCGGAAUUGUAGGCCUGUACAAUGUGCAUGUAUCUAGCGCAGACAAUGCCAAAGCAUCUUCGAGCCGCGGUACGUUGCGUCGCAAAGUUCAACGCAAAAUACUCACACACCAUUUAUACUUUUGUAUGCGUGAUUUCGGCCACCGUAUCGGCGGCGACGAUGCUGAGGUAUAUUUCUACUUAUACGAUGCCAAUCCGAUGCGCAUGCGUGCGCUGUCAGAACGAUUUUUGGUUAAAAUCUCCAAAGACGGUUUCUCAAAUUACAUAGAAAAAUUGCAUAGCAAUUGUACAGUGUUCACGGAUUUGGGUGCUGUCGAUUUAAAUGAAGACCUACAUUUAGUGGCUGUGGUAAUGCGUGUGGGUAAAAUUAAUCCCUCGGAAACGGGCAAAAAAGUGGAAAAAAAUAAUAGCAUCUGUUGCACGGGUCCAACCUAUCGUAGGCCAUUUGGUGUGGGUGUGCUGCCGCUAAAUGAUAUAACACAUUAUGAUAGCUCUAUUGAGUCGGAGGAAAAAGAGUAUAACUUUAAGAUUUACCAAUGCGAUGAAAAAGACUUCCAUCAACUACACGAAUUAAUCAUUAAGAAAUCAACUGGCAAAUUCUCGCCAAUAACCUCAGGCAAUCAAAAUACACAGGGUAUCGUAGUUUCGCUGAAGCUAUUGCACGGCGGACUCGGACAGGCGCGCCAAGAGCAACCGUUACUCUUUCAAGGCACGACAAUCACGCGAAAAAUGGGCUUUCCCGAUGUCAUCAUGCCCGGCGAUGUGCGUAACGAUCUCUUUAUCACGUUGGAACGUGCCGAGUUCGAACGUGGCGGCAAAAAUACCGCUAAAAAUAUACUAACUACCGUGGUUGUGCUCGACACGGCUGGUAAUAUUUUAACGGAAUGUUUGUGGGGCGCUUCGGGCAUGGAUUCACAGAGCUACUACAAAUCUAUGAUAUUGUAUCAUCAGAACUCACCAUGUUGGAAUGAAAUGUUACGCCUGAGUGUACCCAUCGAUAAGUUCUCCGCCGCGCAUGUGCGUUUCGAGUUCCGUCAUUGUUCUACACGCGAUAAAUCGGAUCCGAAACUCUUCGGUUUCAGCUUUGCGCGGCUUAUGGAUCCCAGUGGUGCGACACUCACCGAUGGUCAACACGAGCUGUACGUCUACAAGUGUGAGGAUUUGGCCAAAUUGCAUGCUGGUAAUUAUCUCAAAUUGCCAAGCAAACCGAAGGAUCCACACGCUAAAGUGGAUUGCAGCUCCAUAUUCCAUCGUAGUUCAAAGGAAAUUUUUGUCAUUAAAUCACUUUUAUGCUCGACGAAACUCACGCAGAACGCCGAUCUACUGUCACUACUGCAAUGGCGUACAAAUCCCGAGACGAUACAAGACUCACUAACGGGUGUGUUGCGUUUGAACGACGAGGAGCUGGUUAAAUUCCUGCAAGAUGUGCUCGAUGCACUAUUCGCCAUGUUCUCCAAUGAGGAGGGAAACAGCACCGAGCAUUCGGGUCUGGUCUUCCAUGUGCUCGUCAGCAUUUUUAGCGUGUUGCAAAGCAACAAAUUCCAACAUUUUCGUCCCGUUAUGAAUGCUUACAUCGAGAAUCACUUCGCUGCCGCGCUCGUCUACAAGGGUUUGAUUACUUCGGUUGAGCAUAUGGCUGUGUUUAUGACCAAGGCCGAACAUCCCGAUCCAUUCCAGAAAUGCUUUAGUUCGCUAGAAUAUAUUUUCAAAUUGCUUAUACAAUCACGCAAAUUAUUUGCACGCGCUACCGGUGGCCAGUACGAGGACUCAUUCCGCAGAGAUUUGCACUCGCUUUUUACGGCGCUCAACGGUAUGCUGGCAGUGCCAUCCUACGAUGUCAUCAUACCAACACAAGAGGCGCUGCUGAACUCUACCGGUGUGGUACUGGAGCAGUUGAAGGACACAUUGCCCGCGCCGGAGUUAGGUAUGUUGGCGCGCAAUAUGCUGGACGCCAUACCCAGAGAUGCGCCGGUACGUUUGGUACAGGCGAAACUAAACGCCGUUAAGGAUCUGGUGUCUGGUGAGCUGUUUCACGAAGAUGACUCACGUACUGUCGUUCUCUCUGUUGCCUGCAAACACCUGCGCAUGCACUUGGGUCGUCGCGAUGAGCUACGCCUGUGCGCCGAAAUAAUAUCGGAAAUUCUCAAUCACCUCUACGACUUGCAGCGUCAGCAGCGUGAAAAAGUCACAAACACUUUGCAACAUGAUCUGGAUUCGCUGUGUAAAAACAUUCUUGGCAUACUCAUAAAAACCAUAAGCAUAAUGAUGGAAGGUGCCAAUACAGUGCUACCACAAUUGGUCGCUUGCCUGCUGGGUCUGCUGCAGUUACUCGAUGAAACACAUUACAAGCACUACUGGGACGAGUUGAGUCCCAACAAGGAUCCACGUGAUUUGAAAGAUUUUCUCAGCAAGUCUCUACUGGUCUUCGAGGAGCUGCUUUCACAGGAUUGGCAAGUAUUCCCAACCGAUUGGUUGAUCAUGAAAUUGGCUUGCAACGAUGUGCUGCGCAAGGCCUUGGAGGAAUUCGCCAAACCAUUGGUUUAUCGUUUUCUUGGUCCGCAAUCCUUUGAUUCACCACUUUGGUGGUCUUACUUUAGUUUGGCGGUAACAUUUCUAACACAACCCUCACUGCAAUUGGAAAAAUAUCGUGAACCGAAACGUAGAAAGAUUUUGAAUACUCAUGGUGAUAUGCGCGUUCUAAUGGGCUUCCAGAUACUAAGCAUGUGGUCACAGCUGGGCGAACAGAAAUUACACUUCAUCCCUUCAAUGGUUGGACCGUUCUUGGAGGUCACGCUCGUACCAGAGCAGGCGUUGAGAAAGGCGACCCUCACGGUGUUCUACGAUAUGAUGCAGUGCGAACAAAGCGCACGUGGUUCCUUUCGCUUAGUGGAAAGCGAACUUAUCGAUAAGUUGGAUCUGCUCAUCAGUGAAAAUAAAGGCGAUGAUGAGUAUCGCGAACUUUUUAGUACAAUUUUACUUGAGAAAGUGCAAUCGGAGAAUCCCAAUUGGAAAGACUCGGGCAUUGCUUUCAUAGCAUCUGUGACGCGUUUAUUGGAACGCCUGUUGGAUUAUCGCAGCGUUAUGCAGGGUGAGGAAAAUCGUGACAAGCGCAUGUCUUGCACCGUAAACUUAUUGAAUUUCUAUAAAAAUGAAAUCAAUCGGAAAGAAAUGUAUUUAAGAUAUAUCUACAAACUGCACGAUUUGCACUUGCAAGCCGAAAACUAUACCGAAGCCGGCUACACGCUCAAACUCUAUGCUAAUAUGCUCAGUUGGGAUCGGGAAUCACUCUGCUUUGCGCCAUGCGAUAACACUGGUCAACCAGAGUGGCAGCGCAAAGAGCGGCUUUAUCAUGAGAUUCUGAAAUAUUUCGAUAAGGGCAAAUGUUGGGAGAAGGGCAUACCGUUAUGCAAAGAAUUGGCUGUGCUCUACGAGACACGUCGCUUCGACUAUAAUAAGCUCAGUGAAAUACUUAUUUUGGAGGCAAAAUUCUUUCAAAACAUCUUGACACAGUUGCGGCCGGAGCCGGAGUAUUUCCGUGUUGGUUUCUAUGGUUUGGGGUUUCCGCUUUUUGUGAGGAAUAAACAGUUUGUAUAUCGCGGCUUGGAGUACGAACGUAUUGGUGCUUUUACACAACGCCUACAAACCGAAUUUCCUACAGCACAGAUAUUGACCAACAACAGUCCACCCGACAACUCGAUACUCACUGCACCAGAGCAGUAUAUACAGAUCAGUAAUGUACGGCCGGUUGGUGAUGCGCAGGCGUUGAAGACGGCAAUGGUGCCGGUACCGGAGAAAAUUGCUAGAUUCUAUGAAGUCAACGACGUCACGCGCUUCAUCUAUGAUCGCCCUAUUUAUAAGGGUCCAAUUGAUAAGGAUAACGAAUUCAAAUCGCUUUGGAUCGAACGCACCAAACUCGAAAUAUCCAAUCCACUGCCGGGCAUCUUACGUUGGUUCGAAGUGAAACACAAGUCAGUGCACGAAAUCACACCCGUCGAGUUCGCCUGCGAAACAAUGAAUAAUGUCGGCAAAGAAUUGUGGGAUCUGAUAGUACAGUACCGCAGCGAACCGAAACGUAAUAUAAAUCCGUUCUCAAUGCGUUUGCAGGGCAUAAUCGAUGCCAAUGUAAUGGGCGGUAUUAGCAAAUAUCAAGAGGCGUUUUUCUCCGAACAGUUCCUCAAAUCACCACAAGGUCACGGGCAACAAGCGAAUGUGCAAAAAUUAAAGGCGCUUAUAUUGGAGCAGAUACAAGUGCUGGAGCAAGCCUUAGAACUGCAUGGCACACUGGCGCCACCAGGCGUACAACCGCUACACAAUCGUUUGCUCGAACGCUUCUCACAGCUGAAACAAAGCCUAUCGGGACUGGGUCGUUUGAAGCGUCAACAUUCAGAAAGUAUAGUUAAUACACCACUGCCACCACUUCCAACGGAAAAUCGCACUAUGAGCCUGGGUAAUCCCAAUACAAAUGCUGGAUCCUCAAAUUAUUAUGGUGUGUACGAGCAUGAUGAUAUUUACACGCGGCCAGGUGACACACUGCGUCCAGUUGAAACUGCAAAUGCAUUACUUAUAAAUAAUUCAUACCAAAUGUUAAGCAAUGAGAGCAUGAGCUCAGCGGAAAUUACGCGUGACAAAGUGCCACCGGUGCCGAAUCGACCACGUUCACAAAACUUCAUGGGUAGCAUGGAUGGACCAGAGGUGCCACCCAAACGUAAUACGAAUCAGCCGGGAUCACCAAGCGCGCCACCGCUACCACCGCGUGGCAUAACACCCGACAAACGCGCUUCAAAUCCAAUUACAAUAAAUGAUUUCACGAGUAGCCAAUACCCUACCGCUGGCUCCAUGCCUCGUCGCCCACUAUCGGCUCACCAUCAACAGCAGCAACAGCAACAUGAGCACGGUCAAAAGUAUUCUGUCGUGGAUAUAAGUUUUGACGAUCCCGAAGCUGAUCAACCACCACACUCUCUAACGAGUGUUGGCGAGACGCAACAAUUGAAUGUGGUCGGUUAUGGCCCAAAUGAUUUUCGUGAUUCCGGCAUUUCAACGACAAGUUCACACGAGCUGAAUAACUUGAAUAAUCUAAGCGAAGAGUCAUCAAGUAAUUCCCUAAGCACCGUGCAUCAUCGCGAUCACUGUCGCAUGGCAUCGAAUGGCAGCCUCGACAGCGCCUACACGAUCAACGCAACACUCAAUAUAAAUCAACGUGAAAACUCCGCGAAUUCCUUUGAUAUCGAAGAUCUGCCAAUGCCGCCGCCACCACCUAUACCACCCAAGUCAUUGAAUAUUGUUCAGAACACGACGGAUUCCUCUUCACUCGACGAUCAGCAUUCGCCAUUACCCAAAGCAAGUCAAAAUCAAAAUCAUACCACAAUUAACAAUCAUACACACGCACAUCUACCACCUCAUCCACAUCAUUUGCAACAAAAUUGCAAUCAUAAUCAUAGCAAUACGAAUCGCCAGACGAACGGCAUCAACACGCUCAACGACGGUUAUACGACACCCAAAGCGCAUGACGCCGGCAGCGUCGAGAAUGCUACCGCCAAGGAAACGCACAAUGAUGGCGGCACUUUUUGAGUUGCAAUAUGUCGCUGCCAUCAACCGGUACUGAGACCCAUUGCGCCACUACCGCCGCCCUCUGGUACAACGACUGAGACCGAAACUGAGACUUCAUCAACCACAACAACAACACCAACGCCUUCACCAACACCAACACCACCAUCACCACCGCCGUUACCGCUGCCCUUGCUCCGCACACAUACCACACACAUUGCGCACACCGCCGGCCAAACCUUACGCCGGCGGCCAUGCGAAAUUACAAUACCAAGUGCCAGCACAAACGCAAGCAAAGCUGCCACCACGGUCGCCACCUCAUUACCGCUACCCACAUGCACAAAUCCAUUGCAUGCAUCAUCAUCAUACAUACAUCAGCACUACCAUCAUUUCAAUAGCGUUCAUUAUUGUCAUGACUGCCUCUCCUCACCCUCACCACCACCACCACCACCAUCACUACUAGCGACAUCAUCAUCAGUAGUUGCUGCUACCAUAACUGAGCAGGCAGUGGUGCAUGCAUCCUCGUCUAUGUCCUCAUUGGCGACACCACCCCCCUUGCCACCACUAUUACCGCUUCCAAAGCCAUUGGCCCAAAUUCAAGAUGCGUCGUCUGCGCCUUUACUGGAACAUUGUUCCUGUGGCUUGACGUUCACCGUGGAACCGGAGCCUGUCUACGAAUUGUCGCCGCGUGCGGUACACUUUGAAUCCCCCAUACAGUCCACCCUAUACGGCAGCCAAAGUGUAUAUAGUAGUAGUAGUAAUGUGUAUGAGUACGAACAGUCGACAACAAACGAUUCAAGUGAAGAUUAUGUGAGCAAAGUGCAAACUCAAACCACACAUAUUCAUGCACACUGUUGCCAACACGCGCAGAACAACGCGCAUGCGCAAACUGAAUUCGACUAUGAACAGCGAUGAUGAUGUUGAUGGUACUGAGACGAGACGCAUGUAAUGCUCAUUGUUUUGUUGCAAAUCAAAUUGUAAUUCAAAUAUUCUAACUAUAAUCGAUACCAAACCAAAUUACGCCAAACGGCAUUUAGAUAUAUAUAUAUAUACAUACAACAAACAUAUAUGCAAAUGAAUUGGAAUAUACUAAUCAUAUAUUGUAAGACACUAAGAUGAAGCGCAACACGUUUACAGUUACUAGUUGCGAACGCGCGAGCAACUUUUACUAAUGUUGUACUUUAGCAGUAACGGAUGAAUAACUUUAAUUAUAAUUGCGUUCGCAUGUCGAAAAUUUGUAAAAUAUAUAUGUAUGUAGGUAACCCAAAGUCUUCUAAGUAAAUACACACAUACAUGCAUAUGCAUUGGAAUUUUAUAAUAUUAAAGUAGUUAUUAUGAAAAAAUGUUUAUUUGAUUUUUUUUUUUUAAUCGUCUUUAACCUCAAAUAAUAUCUCAUAAUUAGCUUAGUUAGGUACUCAUAUACACAUAAUAUAGCAACAACAUUUAUCACAACAUCUUUUAUCGCGGCAGAAAACCUGCCUACAAUAACUUUGAGGAAUGUUUUCGACAGUAAUGUAACUGGAACAGACCCGAACUUUUAUCUUCAGUUCUUUGCACGAUAUUAGCCCGCGUCUAUUCCGUUAUUUAAAUCCAACUCUCAUAGAAACGCUGAACUUAUUACCGUUUACUCGUUUAAAAAGUAACAUUGAAAAACUACCCAAAUAGUGGUAUAACUUCUAAAAUAGUGUUAAAUAAUACUUCGGUUUUCUUUCAACUUGUUUCCACGAUCACUUUGUAAUAGUAUUAUAAAAAUUUUUUUAUUUUUUUUGUUAUUUUUCCAUUAAUUUGAAAUUAGUAAAUAAGUGCAUAAAAAUGUGCGGUUUUUGUAGACAUUACAUAGUCAAAAAAUUUAUUUUUCUAGAAAAGUUGGAACUUCGUGGACCCUACUGGGAAACUUUUCAGAAGCACAGCUAGUAUUCGAAUUUCGAAAAAUUGAAUCAUUUUGUUACUGCAUAAUUCGAUAGUCUAUACUUUGAAAGAUAAAUAAAUAUUAAAUGUAAUUUUAGCGGUCCAAAAGGAAUGUCAUAAUAACUUUUUUUUUAAUCUUAGGUCAUUGUAUUAUAUAUGCAGUAUGUAGUACUGUUACAAAAAAUAAGUGAUAAUUUUAAGGGCAAAGUGCAAAAUGGGAAACAUGAUAUAUUGAACAUGAUGAUAGAUUUGAAUACGAUCAUAAAUACAUUUUAAAACACAUUAUUUAUAAAUAUUCCUGGAUUUCAAAUUGUACUAUGGUCAUAGGAAAAGCUUAUUGUAACGGUUGUCUCUCGGAAGAUAAAUGUCAAAUCACUGACAGUAUAAUCUGUAUGAUUGUUUUAUUUAUACUCUAAUUUUAAAAAAAUAUAUAUUUAUUGUGCGCGGUAAGUUUUCAAGCACAGUCGGUAGGAUUUUAUUGUAGUGAUCACGUACGAAUUCAAACUUAUAAUUUAUUUUAAAAUUUAACAGAUUUUCAGAAUGACAGGUCAUUUCCAUUAGUUAGUCAGCUUAUCAGUUGUAGGGCGAAGGUUUAUAUUUUAUUUACUAUCUCCAUGUCAAACAUUUUGUAUGAGUAACCAGAAUUGAACCAACUACAAGCAUACACACAUUUGUCAGGCUUCUUUGUCGCUAAUAUUUUACGUUAAGUGGUUUAUGAGAAAUAGUUUUAUGUAGUAAUUUUACAAACAAAUAUUGGGAAAUAUGAAAUAUUUGAAAAGAGCUUAGGUUUGAGUUUGGCUUGAUAUUGAGUCUGCUGAAAGUACAUAUAUACAAUUAUAAACCUGGCUGUUGCUGUUGCCAUCGCUAUAAAAUGUCCUAAUAGUAGACCAUAGGCGGGCGAAAUGGGAAAAUUAGCUCCCGUUCCCACGACAGUCGGGUCUACGUAACCGGAACGGACCCGGAUUUAUUCCGGCCAAGGACUGUCAACUUGGCAGAAUUCUGUCGCUACAACAACAGAAAAUUAGUUCCAAAUAUUUUUUGUUGUAAAUUACAAAAAAAAUCUCAGUUACAAUAUUGAUCUAAAAACAUAAGUUUUAACCUGUACUAACGGUAAAUAAUAUUUUAAAUGUACAAAGAAAACACGCAAACACAAAAUAGCGCUGAGCAAGAAAAUUAAAAAGAACUUUUGAAAAAAAAAAUUAUAUUCAAAAACUAAAAUCCCUAACAAACAAAAAACAAACCCGCAACGAAUAUUGAAAUGAUUAAACGAAUAUUUUACUUAUGAUAUUACAUUUUUGAAAACCCACAAAAGUGCAUAAAUACAUACAAACACACAAAACACGAAAAAAGUAACUAAUCGAAGCGCAAGAAAUACUAACUGCCAUAGAAUUGCGAAAAGCGAAUUGAACUUUAUACAUAUACAUAUGUAUUUACUAAAUACUAAUUACAUAGGUACAUGAGUACAUAUCUAUGUACAUACUUCCAAUCUACGUGGUUACAUUCAAUUAUAAAACUAGCCUGAUGAUAUUAAUGUGAAUUGUGACAACAACAAAACUAAAUAAAUAAACAGAAAAAAGCAUAAAUAUUACAUACAUACAUACAUACAUAUGUAUGUACAUAGACUUGUGCAUAAAUGUUGAAAUUUAAAGUUGUGAGUAAAGCAAAUUAUUGCGAUAACGAAAUCAAAGUUCUUCUAACAAUUAAGCAAAGACAACAAAUCAAAAAAA